ACUCAGCUGAAAGGUUAGUACCACUUUAUCUUCCAAAAUGCUCAAUGAAUCAAUCAAAAGUGGAUGAAAUGUUGACUCAUUGUAUCACCCACCAAGUUUAUCAGUUUACUUGUAAGUAUAGAAGCAGGUAUAUCAAACAAACAGAAAGAUGGUUAUUUACCGGGAUUCUCGAUCAUGUACCGUGGAAUUCAAUAUUUAGGGUUGAUGAUUCUUUUACCAGUGCAAUAGCUCACCACAUAAUGGAUACAGAACAUCAAGUAAGCACUUUAGAAACCUUGAAAAUUGGCAAUAGACAGAUAUUAAGUUCGUUGGUACUCGCAGGAACCAUAAUCAUGAAGCAAAUGAGACAGCUUGUGAGUUCAAAAGAAAAUAAAAGUCACCUUCUCAAUACUUCUUUCAGACUCUUUCAAAAUGUGAUUUUCUCUCCUCUUUAACCUUAUUCAUCCUCACACUACUGUUUAUCACUAAUUCGAUUCUUUCCGUUUCACUAACCGCAUUGCUAUUAUACUUGACUUAUCUUACUGAUUAACCGAAUUUGUUUAUAUAGCUUUUCAUAUAAUCGUGCAUCCGCUUCGUAUGAUACCUGAGUUUCCCUCAUCUAGUCCAGAACAUUCAUAGGUGUAUGACCACUUUGGUUGAG